CCACCCCUUUCCUGAGGAAGGUUGAUGCUUGCUAGAUGAGGCUUUGCUUUCACUUUCACGCCAGGAGAACGUGAGAAGAAAAGCUGACGAACUAGCUCCAAGAUGGUGAGUGGGGUGCAGAGAAAGGGCAUGUCAGAGGGGGAACCACCCUUUCUUCAUGUGGGAGUGGGGUGGUGCUUCUGGUUCAGCCUUAACAUGUGCUGAUGAUCUCCAGCACUGAGCUGUUGCUUUAUCAUCAUCAGGAAAAGCGACAGCAUCUUUCUUGACAUGUGAUGCAGUUCACUCCUAAGGAAAGGAUCGGCUCUUAACGGCCUCGUUUUAGCUGGCACAGCCCCUAUUUAAUGCCCGUUUCCUUAGCAGAGCACUGCCCCUGUUUUGCCUUGUGGGGAAAUCAUGUUGUUGACUUCUCAAAAGCUUUGUGAAUCUGCGUAAGAAUUUCUUUAGGAUAGAACCUUCCUCUCCAUCCCAUGUUCCGUGACAUCACCUACACGGUUGAAAGUUUGGCUACUCUGAAGUAAGUCCCAUUGUUAAAUGUGGCUUGCAGGGUAUGGGAAAGCAGCCUAAAGAUGUUUGGAGAAAGUAGAAGAGCCUUUGCUCUCAGGAAGUCAGGUGAGCAGAAGGCAGAUUGAGAUCUCUCAGGAGUUAUUUGUGUCAAAUCGGCAGAUGUUUAUGGCUCCAGGAUCUAAUAGGAUCUUUUCUAAUUGAAAAGCUUACCUGACCCCAAGUUAGGUUGCUGAAAAAGGACACGGGUUUGGGGGUGGAGAACCAGGAGUGGGUUUGGGGCAAAAAUACUUUUGAUCUUGGUCCUGGUACUGAUCAUAAAUUCCUUAGCUGAAAAUGUCCUCUGAGGUUUCCCGUUCCUUAAUUUUUAGUACUGAGUCUUCUAUGUUUUAUGUGUUUAAUAUGUCUGGAUUACCUGUGUUUUAUAGAUUCCCCCCUCUCUUUUAUGAUUUUUAUUGUCUAAAUUAUGCCAAUAAAGGAUGAAUGAAUGAAUAUUAGUAUAUAAAUGCAGGUUACACUAGCACAGAAGAUGGGGGUAGACUCUCAAAACCUGAGCUGGGGUCCUGUGCAGUGUUCUUGUCUCUACCCUGGGCCCUUGAAGGCCAUGCUGUUAAAACAAAUUCUCGUUUUAAACAACGGAUACAUAAAACUCUGCCUUUAAAAUACAUUCAAUGCACCUUUUCCUCGUCAAAGAAUCCUGGCAUUCUGACAUUACCUCUCAGAGAUUUAUGAUUCCUAUCCUUUGGAACUUACUUCUCUGAAUUUAGCAAUGUAGCAAAAUAAUAUGCACAAGAGUACUGGGGUAAUGCGGAAAUAAAAACAUACAUAUGAAAAUAAUAUACAGAAACGUGUUGUAUCAGGGGAAAUCAAUUUGCAAAAAUACGUGUAUGAGACGCGACUGCAUGAGAACGUGUUAUACGGUAUAUUACAAGAAAUGCAAACCAAAGUGCUGAUUAGUUUUCAUGGGAGCUUUGGGGAAAGAAAGUGCACCUGAUGUGGGAGUGUGGAGAGCUAUUGUUAGGAUUGGAAAAAUGAGAAAUUGAGAGGAACCAAAAUGGACAGACUAGCCCAUCUCUCCCUUCCACAAUGGUGUUCUCCCUGUGGCGUGAACUUUGCUCAAAAGGAGCUGCCAGCUUUGUGUCCCACCCCUUUCCUGAUAGAUAGAUGAGGCUUUGCUUUCACUUUCACGCCAGGAGAAUGUGAGACGAAAAGUUGAUGAACCAGCUCCAAGAUGGCGGGUGGGGUGCAGAGAUAGUGCCUUUCAGAGGGGGAACAACCCUUUCUUCAUGGGGGAGAGUGGUGGUGCUCCUGGCUCAGCCUUAACAUGUGGUGUCCAAAUUAUGGCAAUAAAAGAUGACUAAAUGAAUAUUAGUAUAUAAAUGCAGUUUAUUUUUGAAUUAUGGUGCUGGAGGAGACUCUUGAGAGUCCCAUGGACUGCAAGAAGAUCAAACCUAUCCAUUCUUAGGGAAAUCAGCCCUGAGGGCUCACUGGAAGGUCAGAUUGUGAAGCUGAGGCUCCAAUACUUUGGCCACCCAAUGAGAAGAGAAGACUCCCUGGAAAAGAACCUGAUGUUGGGAAAGAUGGAGGGCACAAGGAGAAGGGGACGACAGAGGACGAGAUGGCUGGACAGUGUUCUCGAAGCUACCAGCAUGAGUUUAACCAAACUGUGGGAGGCAGUGGAAGACAGGAGUGCCUGGCGUGCUCUGGUCCAUGGGGUCACGAAGAGUCGGACACAACUAAACAACAACAACAAAUGCAGUAUAUGCUAGCACAGAAGAUGGGGGUAUACUCUCGAAACCUGAGCUGGGGCUCUGUGCAGUGUUGUCGUCUGCACCCAGGGCCCUUGAAGGCUAUGCUCUUAAAACAAAUUCUCAUUUCAAACAAUGGAUACAUAAAAUUCUACCUUUAAAAUACAUUCGACACGCCUUUCCCCUCCUCAAAUAAUUCUGGGCAUUCUGGCAUUACCCCUCAGAGAGUUAUGAUUCUCAGCAACCCCUAACAAAGUACAAUGAGGUGAGGAAAGAAUGUGCUUCCAAUGUGCUUUAAAAAUAUAGCAUGUAUGCAGUCGAUAUAAACAGUUUCCAUUAAAAUUUGAGUUCUCUUCAUGACGGUUGGGAUGGUUCUGAGGCUGAGUUUGAGGCUAUUGGAUCGAGAAUGAGAUGACCUUAUUUUUGCGCUUUCCUCCCCACUCCACAGAGUUUUCCCAUUGCUGCUGCUUGGACCAAUAUUGAAGGCCUCAGUGAGGGAAAGAGAUUUUUAAUCCAAGGCUUUGUCCGACCAUACACGAAAAGGUUUGUAAAGCCUGCUGGUCACGUUCGAUUCCCUUUGUUUUUUGGGAGCUGUUCUGCCCCAUCCAUCUCUUCCUCUCAGAACUGGCCCUUCUUCCUCUGUGACCAGAAUCAUGGAUGUGGGGUGAUGCAUGCAGUCUGUCAGGGUAGUGAAGCUGCCGUGUUCUGCUGCUGAAUCUUCUUGAGUUCAUUUAGGAAUAAUUUACAAAAAUAGUACUCCAUAAAGAAAUGCUGAUUUAAAAUAAAAUUUUAAAAAGUUUGAAAAGCAUUGUUGCUGAUUUGAAUGUGUUACUGUGGGGCUUAUUUUGCCGCUUGAUUUCGUUGCCAUUCGUUGUUGCAAUAGACUACCACAAAAAAGACACAACAAACAAAUAAAAGUAUCAGAAGUGUAGAGUUGGAAGGAACCACGAGAGUCAUCUAGUCUACCCCCUGCAAUGCAGGAAUAUUUGUUCAGUGUGAGGCUCGAAUCCACAACCCUGAGAUUAAGAGUCUCGUGGUCUACUGGCUGAGCUAAAUAAUCAUUUUGAGGUAUUCAACACACACACACACAAACACCUGAAAACUAAUAACACCCCCUUGCACUGUCAGUUUGCCUUUCUUGGUGCAGAAAGUACAGUGGUACCUCGGGUUAAGUACUUAAUAAGUUCUGGAGGUCCGUUCUUAACCUGAAACUGUUCUUAACCUGAAGCACCACUUUAGCUAAUGGGGCCUCCCGCUGCUGCCGCGCCACCAGAGCACGAUUUCUGUUCUCAUCCUGAAGCAAAGUUCUUAACCUGAGGCACUAUUUCUGGGUUAGUGGAGUCUGUAACCUGAAGCGUAGGGACAUGGGUGGCGCUGUGGGUUAAACCACAGAGCCUAGGACUUGCCGAUCAGAAGGUCGGUGGUUCGAAUCCCCGCAACGGGGUGAGCUCCCGUUGCUCGGUCCCUGCUCCUGCCAACCUAGCAGUUCGAAAGCAUGUCAAAGUGCAAGUAGAUAAAUAGGUACCACUCCAGCGGGAAGGUAAACGGCAUUUCUGUGCGCUGCUCUGGUUCGCCAGAAGCAGCUUAGUCAUGCUGACCACAUGACCCGGAAGCUGUAUGCCGGCUCCCUCAACCAAUAAAGCAAGAUGAGUGCUGCAACCCCAGAGUUGGCCACGAGUGGCCCUAAUGGUCAGGGGUCACUUUACCUUUACCUUUAACCUGAAGCGUAUGUAACCUGAAGCGUAUGUAACCCAAGGUAAUACUGUAUUGAUCUGACGUGUAGAGAUCUUUCGUAUUUUAAUUAAUUCAAGAGGAUUCUGAAAGCUUCUCUGUGUGAAAGAAACAAGCAAGACGGUUCAUGAUGUUUGAGUAUUAUCUUCAGAGAAGCUAGUACAGCUGGUUUAAACUGGUUCUCUUAUCUCUUUCUGUGAAGGUCAUGCUGACUAUAAAAGUAGGGCCAGAAGGAGCCUGGACUUCCCUUUCACUUUCUAUCUCUUUUCCUUUUGGUGUGGUGUUCUGUAUACCGUAUAGUGUUAAGGUGUAGACUUAUUAUAAAUUAUCAUAUGUUUAAGUUAAGUCUGCUGCAACUGGAUUUCUUAGGGACAGUGCCAAUCCUGAAUGUAUUGGAUUUGUGACCAUUAUGCUCACCUGCCUUCAGUAGCAGUAAAGCUCUGCUGGAUGAACUAUUAAUAGCCUCUGGUCUAUUUUUAGGGAAUCCUGCAACGUGUUUAAAUUUUUACUCUGCUAACUAUAUCUUAUGUACUAAGCCUGGAGUAUAUUUCACUGUACAUUGGGGUUCUGCUCUGGAUCAGUAUUAAAUAGAAUUCUAUGACAUGCAUAUCACACACUGUAACUCUUCAAUAAGCUAUAAAGUGUUAAAUAUUACAACAGAACAGAAGCACACACACACCAAGUUUCUUGGAACCUGGCUUGCAUUUUCUCAGUGGCCAGAGCAAAUCUUGAGACUUGGAUGUUAAUGAAUAUGUCUUCCCCUGGAAUAUAUAUAUAUAUAUUUACUGUUUUUGCGUUGAUAUAGCUGAGAGCCAGUGAGCAUCUUAUCACAGAGGUGUAUUGGACUGCAGGGGCACAUGCACCGGAAGUCCUGAUUCAAGCUGUUCCCUCAGCUCUCUGUUUUGUCAAGCAAGGAACUGGGAAUCGGGGAUAAGGAUCUGGGAACAAACUUCAGCCUGUUAUUCUUUGGAGGGUUAAUUCAGAGCACUGUCAAGUACAUGCCUUGAUAGAAUUAUAUUCAUGCUUAAAAGACUCGGUGAGGAUAAUCAAUGGGCAUGCUAUAGGUGCACAGAAACUUUACUGUGGUGUUCCCACUUCCUUUUGCUGAGUCCCAGUUGUGCUCCUCCAUGACUCCUGCCCUUUCCAAACCUUGCCUUUCUCUCUUGCUCCAUUCUCCCCUCCAUUUGGCCUUUUCUUUUUUCUUUUUUGGUUUGCAUGUUUGUUUUAUUUUUGUUUAAAUAAUACAGAAAAAAACAAAACAACAACAACAAAAAAUUGAAAACAAUCCAAAAACAUUGAAAACAAAUAUUACAUACUUAUCAUAUAAUACGCCCCCCACCCGCAGCUUUCUUCCACCACAAUUCGACUUCUUUGAAUCUCUAUUUCCACCUUUAUCUUUGCAUUCUCCAAAUGCAUCAUUCUUUGUAUUUCUUUUAUCUCUUCUCUUUUCCAAUUCAUAGAUAUACUUUACAUUUUUAUUCUAGGCAGAUUAGCAUAUCUUUCUCAGAACAAGAUUUUAACAUAUAAUCUUCCAAACAUUUCCAUUCCUUUUUUAAUUUUUGAUUUGACUGUUAUCUUACGAUUGAGGUUAGCUUUGCCAGUUCUAAAUAUUCAUUUAAUUUGCAAAUCCACUCCUUUUUUGAGGGCAAGAUUUGAGAUUUCUAUUUAGAAGCAAUCACUACCCUGGUUGCCGUAGUUGCAUAUAGAAAAAUUCUUUUUUUCCACUUGCGGUAUAGCUUUCCCUAUCACGCCUAGGAGAUAUGCCUCUGGCUUUCUAACAAUUGGGAUUUUCAACAUUUUCUUUAAUUCCUCAUGUAUUACUUCCCAAAAUUUCUCAAUCUCCUCACAACCCCACCACAUGUGUAUUGUUGUUCCUGCUUCUUUGUCCACUUGGCUUUUCCAGUUCCUUUCCCUCUGCGAUCGGCUGCUCUCUCCUUCCUCACAGUGCUUCUGCCCUUCUUACAUUUCAGAUUUGCAGUGAAUUUUCUGUGCGCCAAUGGUGACAUCGCCUUCCACUUCAAUCCGCGAUUCGAUACGCUAAAACCGAUGGUUGUGUGCAACACUCAAAUGAAAAGUAAAAAACAGCUCUGGGAGUCCUGGAAGAGUGACGAUGUCUUCUGGGGGGAAGAGGAAAUUGCCCCCAGCACACCUUUCAAGCAGAACAGUUCUUUUGAGAUGACCAUCAAUGUUGAGAGUGGCUGCUAUCAGGUGCGGUGGGACUGGGAUGGUGAGCCAGGUUACUCCAUUUGAUAGCAAGCAACCUGGAGUGGCGUGGGUGGCGCUGUGGUGUAAACCACAGAGCCUAGGACUUGCCGAUCAGAAGGUUAGCGGUUCAAAUCCCCGCAACGGGGUGAGCUCCCGUUGCUUGGUCCCAGCUCCUGCCAACCUAGCAGUUCGAAAGCACACCAGUGCAAGUAGAUAAAUAGGUACCGCUCCGGCGGGAAGGUAAAUGGUGUUUCCAUGCGCUGCUCUGGUUUCGCCAGAAGCGGAAUGACCUGGAAGCUGUACGCCGGCUCCCUCGGCCAGUAAAGCGAGAUGAGCGCCGCAACCCCAGAGUCGGCCACGACUGGACCUAAUGGUCAGGGGUCCCUUUACCUUUUUAACCUGGAGUGUCAGCUGGAAAAGGAAAGGCUGAGGAGGAGAGGAAGACUCUCCUAUAUUCCUGGAACCAGAAAUGUUUUAGGAUUUAACCAAUCCCCAGAUGCAGCAGUUGCUGAGACUAGCCGAGUCGCUAAGCAAACAAAGCAGGGAUAUGCGCCAUUAGCAGAGACUCUGUACCAGGCAGCAGAGGGAUGGGGCCCCUUCUCCAUCUCUGUGUCAGUUAGCAGAGUUGCGCUUAGGAUCUCAGCUUGCCUGAGGUGAGCUAGGGGGGAAAGGUGUCAGUUUGUAAGAGGCGGCAGGCUGGAGAAAGGCAGGGAUCAGAGCACCAUGUGGGCUGGCAGCUUGAAUCCAGAAUCGUGGCCAUGAGAGAAGCAGGACUCAUCGUAGGCUCAGGUUGAAUAUAUGUGUAAAUAAACUAUCUAUUAUAAAGACACCACAGUCUUCGCUGUGUCUCGUUCCCAAAGGAAACACGAACCCUGCCGGGACCCCUGGAGUCUCGCACUGGUGUGGAGAUUGGGGUGGCGUGCAACAAUGCUGGGUAAAUAACUGGGAAGAAAUACAGGGGUUUGCUUUUUUAAACUAUUAUUUGUUUAAGCCAUAAAAUUUAUAUGCUGCAGUUUAUUUAAGGAUCUAGAACUAACCAGCCAAUCAGAAUUCAAGUUACCUCAGCAUGGAUUGUUUCAGGGCUUGUCCACAUGUGACUUGGCUCCACACUUUCUAGGCACAGGUCCAGGUGGCUGUUGUUGUUUAUCCACCACCACCACCACCACCACCCAGGAAAAACCAGUGUUUUACCAUUAAUCGGAGCAAAAUGCAACCCACAGAAAACCCUAUUGCUGUUUGCUCUGAUUCAGCGGUAAAGAGUGGUUUUCGCCAGGGAAAAGCAGCAGGAGGAGAAGAAAUGUGGGAUAAGCUCUCAGUGUGAAUGUGCAGGCCAGCAGUGAAGUGAGAGUGUGUCCCUGUGGGUAAAAUACUGUCUUAUUCAGCACUGUGGGAGUGAAGCUACUGGCUUAAAAGGAAAUAAUAGGCAUAGCUGUCAACUUUUCCCUGUUCUUGCGAGGAAUCCUAUUCGGAAUAAGGGAAUUUCCCUUAAAAAAAUGGGAAACAUUGACAGCUAUGAUAAUGGGGCUAGUGAGCUUGCCUCACCACAACUCGGCUUCCCUACCUAGCCAAAAUCUUGUUUCUGACUCACCCACACACUUUUCUCAGGCUUGGGCUAAAACAAAUGACACCAGUUAUUCUUAAUUAAAUUUCUCAGUUGCUUUAUCUGGCUCAGGGCAACCCAAAGCAUCUUGCAACCAGUCUAAUUUCUGAGCUAUAAGCAGCGAAAUAUUCAGAAUUGUUUUCUUGACUGCAAAUACGGGAUUCAAAUCUGUGUGAGAUAUUAUGCAAACAAAGGCAGGGGCUGAGGGGGUAGAAUGUUGGGGAAGUGGCAGUUGGAAAGUGACAGUUGUGUUGCAUUUUUCUUUUUUAAAAUUAAAUGUAAAGCUGUAGAGAAAAAAGAAAAUGCUCCAUCUAGUGGUGGAAGCAAAGAGUAUAGAGAAAACAAAAAACCUGGGUAGAAAUAAGGCUAAAACAGGGCAAGGAUCUGCUCCGUUGUUUUAGGGUGGAAGAUUUAGACAUAGAACAACAGAGCUUUCCAAACUGUGAGUCACAGCACAUCAGUGCGUCGGCCGCGGUGUGUAGGUGUAUCGUGCGAAUGCUCCCUGCGCUCCUCCCGGGGCUGGAAAGGGGUUAGUUUAACCUCCGGUUUGUUAGUAAAGCUGAAUUACUGUGUCACGGAAUGAUUCAUGUCUAAAAAGUGUGUCACCAACAUGAAAAGUUUGGAAAGCUCUGAGGUAGAAGCUUAGCCCCCCCGCCCCCGCGAGGCUGUAAACCUCUGUAGCAUGGGUAGGCAAACUAAGACCCAGGGGCCGGAUCCGGCCCAAUCACCUCAAACUGGCCCGCGGACGGUCAAGGAAUCAGUGUGUUUUUAUAUGAGUAGAAUGUGCCCUUUUAUUUAAAAUGCAUCUCUGGGUUAUUUGUGGGGCCUGCCUGGUGUUUUUACAUGAGUAGAAUGUGUGCUUUUAUUUAAAAUGCAUCUCUGGGUUAUUUGUGCGGCAUAGGAAUUUGUUCAUUCCCCCCCCCCCAAAAUAUAGUCUGGCCCCCCACAAGGUCUGAGGAACAGUGGACCGGCCCCCCUGAUGAAAAAGUUUGCUGACCCCUACGUGUAGUGUAAGCUGCGCUGAUUAUCUAAACGGCAGAAAGGAAGGGCAAAAACAUGUUAAAUUAAGUAGAAAACAUUUACAUUACUCUGGAAUAAGCUUCGGUGAAAUAGCUGACAGUCAGAUAUAUCCCACGAGAACUUACAUUGUAUUACGCCUGGUAGUCUUUUAAACACCUGAAGCCUUCUUCUUGUCCCUGCCAACUGGUAAUUGAAUGCUUGUUUCAUUUUUCCUGUAGGUGUAUGUCAAUGGAAAUCGCUUUUUGGAGUACAAGCACCGUGUUGCCCUCAAAGAAAUCCAGACCUUGGAGGUCAAAGGUGAUGUCUCAGUGAACCGCUUUGAAUUUUCUGAGAUUAAAGUGAGUUGGUUUUUCUCCUCUUUCGUCCUUAGCUUAAACUUGCCAGUCUGGUUUAUGGGGCAUCUAACGUGGGAAACAGCCAUUUGUCAAAGAAAUGAGGCUCCCCAAAAAUAAUUUGAGGAGGCCCUCACCUUUUUACUUGCAAAAUUCUGGACAGGAUAUUAAUGAUUUCUGGGAGAAUGCCUGAUUUCUGCUUUUAAGUGAUUCAGCACAGAGUUGGAAAAGAUGGAUGAGACUGCAUAGCAGUUUCAGGUCUCUGAGGAUGAAAAGUUGAAACAAGAAAACAGUUAUGAUGCAAGUGGCUGGAUUUCUAAAGCUUAGUCCCCACUAUCUGAAGCCAUGCACUUUUCAACAUCUGCUCUCAUCCCCUGGUAUCUAUAUUUUUGUGUUCCAGGCUCCACCCCCUUACAGCCCUCCUAAUUCUGGUGACACCACAUAUAACAAAGUAAGUCAGUCCCCUGUGUUUAUUUGUACUUCUCUCCCAAUAAUGGAUGGAACUGGUAAAGAUUUUUCAGUAAGCUCAAUUCUGCACAUGAGUUUAUAAUUUUUUUAAAAAAGUCCUCAUGAAGAUUCAUUAGCAGUUUAAUUGAAUUUAUUGUGAUAUGCAUAUGUGUGUACAAUUUUGCCUGAUGGGGUUUUUCCCCGCAAAGCAACUUCCCCUAAUAGAAUGCACAUUCUUGUGUUGUUGUUUUUAAAAAUAUACUAUAUGCAUCUUUGUACACAUUAUUUGGCUUGGAAACUGCACUGCAAUAUUUGGAAAAGUGGCUUUCAAAGAAUGCCCGUGUUUUGGUUUGCGUACCCUUUAGGAAACUGUGAAUUAGGGAGGUUCACUUUGUGAGUGCAAACUGAAUCAGAUUUCUCCCCCAUGCCAGCCAAUACAGUGUAUCCUAACUGAGAUUGCAGCUCUGCCUUCCAUCUCAACACAGCCUGCAGGGCUUUACCAUGAUGUCCAGAGGCAUAUUUCCCCCUAAAAGGUCACUGCCUCUGCUGGAUAACAAAAAUUUGGGAUUUCUUUGGGUUUGUUCAGAGCAAUUAUCCUUAAAAAAACAAACAAAAAACUUUGCUUUUACUCAACUUUUAAUGCCAUAUGUAUUGAGCACUGUAAGGGACGCGGGUAGCGCUGUGGGUUAAACCACAGAGCCUAGUGUUAUGUACUGAAGUUCUCACCCUGGGCCAGCAGGGGGAUACUGUAGAUAGUUUUCACUCAGGUCCACAUAUGCAAAUAAGGGAUUGAAAGUGACUUUCAGUAAUUGGAUAGUUACAGAAAAUGGUUACUGUUGCGUUCUAGUGGAGCUCUAUAUAAGCAGGCUGGCUGAACCCUUCAGUUCAGUUCUGUUCUGGCUUGUGAAUAAACAAGAGCUGUUUGAAGAAUGAUGUGCCAUCUGAUAUGUUCACCCACAACUUAACACCUAGGACUUGCCAAUCAGAAGGUCGGUGCUACUUUCAAGGGACACGGGUGGUGCUGUGGAUUAAACCACAGAGCCUAGGACUUGCCGAUCAGAAGGUCGGCGGUUCGAAUCCCCACGACGGGGCGAGCUCCCGUUGCUCGGUCCCUGCUCCUGCUAACCUAGCAGUUCAAAAGCACGUCAAAGUGCAAGUAGAUAAAUAGGUACCGCUCCGGCAGGAAGGUAAACGGCAUUUCCGUGCACUGCUCUGGUUCACCAGAAGCAGCUUAGUCAUGCUGGCCACAUGACCCGGAAGCUGUACGCCGGCUCCCUUGGCCAAUAAAGCCAGAUGUGUGCCGCAACCCCAGAGUUGGCCAUGACUGGACCUAAUGGUCAGGGGUCCCUUUACCCUUUACCUUUAUUGAGCACUGCAACAGCAAUAAGCAGUCACCCCAGCCUCCUCAUGGUUGGGCAAGCUUUGACCCCAUUUCCUUUAUGGCAGUCUUCCAUAAGCCCACCUAGGUUGGUGAUAACUUGGCAUUGACUUCAUUCUGUGCUUUUCUUUUGUCUCUGCCACUCAGCAGGAAGAGAAGCGUGCCCCAGAAGCAAAGUCAACCAAAUAGUGAAGACCCAAGAUGAGCCUGCGUGGUCCUUUGGAAAACGGAAGCCCUGGCUGGUUGGGUAAAGGGAUGGGUGCUCUUUUCCUGACCUCACUGAGGAUAGAGUUCAUCUGUUAUGUGUGGAAUGAAGCAAGAUUAAGUAGUGUCAUAAAAACCAGUAGUUAGCAAAAUAUUUGCAUGUUUUCUAUAUACUGUACUUUGUUAUUGUUGGCUGUUGUGAGGGCAAUGGGAGAUUGCAAAACGACAAGGCUUGGGGAAUAAACAUUGUAAACACAAGUAAACCCAAGGCCCUUCAACAGUCACCACCAAUGCUUUGUUACCAGCAGAUCCUGCUAGCCGUCCUCAAUACAUUUCCUGGAAAUCAUUUGUCAGGCAAAUGUUUGCAGACAAAUCCACAAUUUCCAUUGAUGUCUUUGGGAAUCGGUUAUCUCUGUCCACUCCUGCCAUGGUUUGUUCCUAAAAUGGCUGCAGCCAACCAGGUAAAGGGAAGCAAAGCAAAAAAACAGAUUUGUCCAAUCUCUCUCCCCACUCCCUUUCCCCACGGUUUCUGUCCAAAAAUGGCUGCCACUGACCAGCCAAGCACAAUGAGUGAGGAAGUGGGCAAACUCUGGCUUUUUGGAUAACUGAAUCUGUGGAGUGUAUAGCGAGGUUUGGGCAUGAUUAUUUCUGUUUGGAUAAGUGAACUGGCAGAUAGUGAGCAGGUGGACAGCAGGACCUGCAUGUACUUUAUGCUGCUUGUGUUUAUGCUCGCUUUUAGGUUGCUUUUUUGUGCUGACUGGUAAUUCCAUUUUAAUAUUCUUCUGCUUUAAUUUGUCAUGUUAAUAACUUUGUUAACCACCCGCAAAGGUGGUAUAGAACUGAAACAAACAAGCUUGGAAAUUUGAAAUAUAUAAAUAAAAGUGCUAUAUAAAUAACAGAAAA